AUGUCAAACGUCAAUAGUGCCUGGACUACGGACCCUCCCGUCUACGGAGCGGGUAACGUUCCGGAUCUUGACUGGGAUUACGACAACUUUGGGCCCAAUCCUAAGGGGUUUGUUGCUGUCACAUGCUCGAUUCGUCUAGACGAUGGCAGAAUCUACACCGUACAGGAAGGAGUCAAUAUUCCUGGCUGUGCCCGUGGAUCUCGCGUGGACUUGUCCCACGUUGUCCGACUCGACAAGGCCCCAUACUCGGAGAUUCUCAUCAAUGCCGUAUUUGAUCGUGGUGAAGGCCUUCGAGACAGUCGCCUCGGUCGUGUGAGUGGAUCCAUCAUGUUGACACCCAAUGAGGUUGCGAGUGUUACCUGGAAGGAGGUUACUUGGCUUCAAGACCAGAUCCAGCCUCGACAGAACAUGACCUUCACCGAGCAGGUUAGUCGAAAGGGCGAGGGCGACAAAGUGAUCUAUGAGAGGUCUAUGGUGGAAAAGAUCAAAGACUGUGAAGCAGACAUCAAGGCUCAACGCCUCUUCGCCCUCCGCUACACUUUCAAGGAAGAUAUUGUGCACAAGGGAACCAGAAUCUUUGGCCCUGUGGAUCUCGGCGAUCAAGGAGACUUUAUAAGAGAGCUCCGUGACGGUAUCGUUGAAUCCCGUGGCGUCACUUUGUUGAUGACUGGUAGUCGUGACACUGUCCGAGAACAUUACGUGCAAAUCGCCAACAAUGUCAUGUCCGACCACGGUAUCUACCCAUAUGCGAUGUCCACUGGAAAGAACCCAAAGAUCCCGACUUACUCUGCACCUCAGCACCGAGAGAAAGAUAUCCGUUAUUGGUGCAAGCAAUCGUUCCCUGAUUGGUUCAACUACAUCGAGGGGAUUGGGCGUGGCAUGACAGCGCAACAUGAGCACGACGUCGCUGAACAGGUUGUGUUGCGUACUCAACCUGUCGAGAUGAUCUUGCUGCGAGUUCCAGGUUCCGACGACCCCACCAGGCUUCUUGGUUUGAUGAAGUUCCCACACGGUGCCCCUGUCCUUCGCGCCGGUCAGUGUGGCAGACUUAUCCUUGACCAGGAUGCCAUACCUGACACGGAAAACGACGGCGACAACAGCGGCGACAACAACGGCGACAACAACGGCGACAACAACGGCGACAACAACGGCGACAACAACGGCGACAACAACGGCGACAACAACGGCGACAACAACGGCGACAACAACGGCGACAACAACGGCGACAACAACGGCGAUGUCGACGAGGACGCCGACAAGCACAGUGAAACGGAUAGCGACAGCGGUGGCGAAGAGGAAAAGCAAGAAGAUAUUCGCCGUCGUUAUGAGCCUGCCGAUGUUCUGAAUCCACAUUUUGAUCGUUCAUCGGUGUUGAACUCGACUGCUACUAACGCCGCUCGCCCUGGUGCUGCCGAACCUCCCAAGAUCCCCCGUGCCAAAAGAUGGUUCUUCAAGGUGGUCGAGAAAGCCUGGUUUGCACCCGGUGGCUUUUCGACUGUCCUCGUUGUUCGUCCUCGUGAUCCAGACACUGGUGAAGUUGUCAACAUGGGCCCGGACCUGGAGCCAGAGAUUCAUGACGUCCAAGAUAUGGAUGACGAGAACAUGCCUCGAUACUUUGAGAGGCAAGACACAUUCGGGGCAAUGGUUGACGUGAAUUUCAAAGACCGCCAAUAUAAGGCGUUCACACAUGCCUCUCACAGACUUUCCGCGAUUCGAUACCAAUCCCCUGAUAUUUGGCAUAGUCUGCAGUUGAACAACUAUGAAAACCUGCCUGAAACCGAUAUGUAUCGCACUCUCGAUCACGGCGAGGUUGAAAUGGGCCCUAUCCUCGACUCACUCAACGCCCAGCAGCAAGAUGCACUCCUGCGUAUGCGCCACAUGCCUGGAAAGAUUAUUGCAGUGACCGGACCUCCUGGGAGUGGCAAGACCAAGUUUAUGCUGAUGUCAGCCAUGCCCCUUCUGCAGUCACGCAACGUCGAGUCGGAAGAGCCUCACAGGGUCUUGUUUGCCUGCCCUAGCAACUUGACGGCAAACGAGCUUUACAAGAAGGCCGAACCGUUGACACAGGAGUAUGCUAAGCGAAAAGACGGCACACCGCAACGAGCGACGGCAGCGGAUGAGGAAGGACUUGACCAGACCGAGCAAGAUAACAUGCUUGCCGCUAUCCAAACCGCAAAUUUGUCCUCGCACGAACUAAUGGUCGCCAUGUUCUACAUCCGAGAGGUUCUUACGGCGACUGGUAUCCAGGAUAGACGUUUGACAUCCGUGGGGAGUAGCCUGGGUCACCGCAUGCUUCAAUACUCUGGAAUCAUCCCCGAGGCAUGGAGUGAGCCCGAUCAACCCAAAUGCAAGGCCUUCCGCUCGCUCAUUGAUCAGUACAGCACAGGAGUCAAUUUCACUCGUGACAUGUGGAUCGCUUUCAGACAGACAUUCAAGGAUCUCCUGGACACAACACUGAGUCGUAUGGACUUUUUGAUCGGCACUGUCAUGGGUCUCUCACAACACUUCGUCGCCAAGAACUUCCGUGCCGAUAUGAUCUAUUUCGAGGAAGCAGGGCAGUUACUUGAGGGCCACUUAUGGUGGCUCUACGGAGAGUAUCCGGACGCUGGAUUCAUGCAUGUUGGCGACACGCACCAAACCAAGCCCAUCGUGACUUCGACGCUGCAAGAGAACCCUUGGAUGAAGCAGAUGAGAAUUUCGCACCUCGCUCGUCUCGUUGCCAAUGGUAUAACUGUUGGCGACUUCACCGUGCAAUAUCGUUCUCACCCGAAUAUUGCCAUGAUCUCCUUCGCCUUUGAAGGGGGUCGUGUAGAAACCGCGCACAGGAACAACAAGUACCUUUCUUGCCGUUCAAACGCCGUCUUCAUCAAUUUGAAGAGAACCCACGCGAAAGUGCAGAACACCGGAUCCCAGUACAACCCAGCUCAUGCACAGGUUGCUGUCGAGCUUGCUCGAUGGCUCCUUGAGAGUCCCGGCAAGGAACUCAGUGCCAACGACAUUGCGAUAAUUGUGCCAUAUGAAGCUCAAAGAACUCUGGUCGCCAACGUGUUGACACUGGUCCACAAGAAGCACCCAGAUCUCGGUGUCGAUCGUAUGCACGUGGGCACGGUGGAUAAAUUCCAAGGGCAGCAAUUCCCUGUGGUUAUCUAUGACACUACGGUGACUGGAAAGAUCGGGUUCACAGACGAACCAGGCCGAUUAAAUUGCGCUUUGACCAGAGCCCAAGAUGGACUUUUCGUGAUCGGUAAUAUGUUCAAAUUGACGGACACCAAAGAUGACAGGCCCCAUAUCUUUCUGCAGCGUGUGUUGCACUGUUUCAUUGAGCGGAAAUGGGUGGACGAAGACUUUGAUGUCGAUCAUACUGAGACGCAAUCUGUCGCAUCAGCCGCUCAGCAAAGUGAGACAAUCAACCCAUCCAGUCUGGGAGAUCCAUUGGACUAUGUCCCACCCCCGGAUUGGAUGAGUCUACUCUAUUGA